AUAUGACAGUGGAAAUGACGUGUCGCGCGACAAAACGUCGCUAUGUGCAUAUUUGUUUACGCGUCAAAAACGAUAGCAAGAGGGCAGCCAGUGAUCAGUGGGUAAAGAAACUGCAGUGAAUAGUGAAGUUCUAUAAUCACGAACAGCGGAUCAGAAGGACGCCGGAAAUGAGCCACCCCAGGGGCCAGUAUUAUGAGGUCGUCCGGACUAGUCGAGUAGUCAUUAGAGGAGGCGAGCAUGAUUCGCGGUCCCGCAGCCAUGACCGCAAGUAUCGCCGCGAAAAUCGGGACGAUGGCUACCUCCGAUACGGCGGCGAAUCAGAAUAUACUGGACGCAGUAACGGCGACAGCUACCACGGGCGUCGAAGCACAAGGCAAGCAAUUCCCCACGAAUCUCACUCCCAUCACCACGGUGCAAGCGAGUACGACGAGAGCAAGGCCGUUCUGGCGGUCUUCAAUUUGAACAUCUAUACCACCGAGUCGGAGCUGUACGACGUCUUCACCAAGUUUGGCCCACUGAAGAAGGCGACCAUAGUUCUCGAUGCCAAGACCGGCCGUUCCCGUGGAUUCGGGUUCGUGUACUUCGAGAGCACCGAGGACGCCAGAGUGGCCCACACUCAGGCCAAUGGUAUCGAAAUCGGAGAUCGACCGAUACGCGUCGAUUACUCGGCAACGGAAAAACCUCACGAUCCCACUCCGGGUGUGUACUAUGGUAGGGUCAGCUAUCCGAAAAGGGGCGGCUAUGGCGGUGCUCCGCCGCGAGGACCUCCAGCUAUGGCAGCACCUGGUGGCCACUACCACUGUCAGGGCUGCGAGAUUGAAGCCCGCGAGCGGGAACGAUGGGAACGCGAUGCGCGCCGCUAUGGCAAUGGCAGAGAAUACUACUACCAGGACAGAUACGCCGCACCGGAGUAUCCGCGUGGCCGCGAUCGAUCAGCCAUGUCCCGAUCCCGGGGUGACUACUACCGAGGAGGUGCAGGUGUUCGCUGACAGUGGAUGCCACCUAUGGCAGAGGUUAUCGCUGCACCCCUGCCUGGGACUUAUCCUACUGCAAUGAUGAUGUAGAUCCGUAAAUAAUUUCACAAAGUCCACCCAGACACAUAGUAUUCAUGCCAUUCUGGAUAAGAUCUCGACAUAUACAGACACUGUCUGUCGAAUUGCGUAAAAAUCUGGCAGCCGCCUGUUGGGUGUCCCAUCUUAUUUCAUCUCUUCUCUAGAUGUUCAAUAUACUGAAAAGAAUAGAUUUGCUGUUACGGCGAAGAACAUACUGCUUAUAUUGGGCGUACUUACGAACGUACAGAAAAAUUUAUUGAUUAAUUGCAAGACGUUCCUUAUAGAACGAAACCUUCACUUCCAAUUGUGUGACAGAAAAACUCAUAUAAAAACAAAAAAGAAACAUACAUGCUUGAAUAAAAAUUUUAGACAGAUUAA